UCCCCGACAAAGAGCGCCGGGUGUCCCCGCUGCUCUCGCUGCUCUCGCCGUUGCUCUCCCCGCUGCUCUCGCCGCUCCAGAUCCGCACCGUGUCCGCCUUGACCUCCACGGCUCCGGCUGGAUCCGCUCCGGGUGUUGUGGGCGUCCGGCGCGUGUCCCAGCUGGUGAGUGGCAGGCAGGCAGCACUUGUUUACUGGCGCACACUAAAGGAGACACGCAGAGACACAACCGCCAGCUCCAGCUCGGAACUUUUUACGCAUCCAUUUUAAAAAAAAAACUGUCCCCGGGGGUCAGACUCGGUCGCCGGCGGGCCACGCACGCACCACCGUGGCCGUUUAGCGCGGCGGGUUCCUUUUUUUUGUUUUUUUUGCGCACGUUUCACACCGAACGCGGGUUUGUUUUGGAUUAGCUAGCUAGCUUUAGCUGCCCCCCCUUUUUUUCCCUCCUUCGUCUUUCUUCCGUGGGCUAAUCUACACGCCACAUUCUUUACCUUCCACAGGGAGGAAAUACACGGACCUCCAAACUUUGUCCACCCGCCCUCCCUGUGUGUGUGUGCUUCCGUCUGGAGCUUUUUAUGACUUGGCGGCGUGGUGCUGCCUCGGAAGGGGUGAAGGAGUUCACGUGAGUGCUGGGAAGAAAAGCUCCACGUUUUUGUUUUGUUUUGUUUUAACCUGGAAGCCCACUCAAGAUAACUUCUGACACGCGUGGACAUUUUUGGACUACUCGUGGAUGUCCGGAGCAAAAAGAAGCGGGGACACAUGGACGCUGACUGCCGUCUUCACUUAUGGAAAAUGAACAUUUGUGUGGCCGCCAUGGAGGACCACGAAGUCUAGUGGCCCUGGUCUGCCCUUCAAGGCGCGGGGAGCGACAUACCGUGUCCGGGGAGAUCCUUCCAUCGCCGCCGAACGAUAAUCGUCGUUAAACACUUGAGUCGCUGCCCCCCCUCCCCCCGCCCCUUAAAAAUGAGACUCAAACUCGGAGCACAACUUGGGCUUUUUCUGCUCAUUUGUAGCUGCCAACAUGGACUUACCAAGGGAGAAAUUUGUCAGAGCAAAGACAUCCGCAACAACGUGACCAACCUGCAGUCGCUGGAGAACUGCACCAUCAUCGAGGGCCACCUGAAGAUCCUGCUCAUGUUCAAGACCAAGACCGAGGACUUCCGGGGCCUCAGCUUUCCCAAGUUGCGAGUGGUGACCGACUACAUGCUGCUGUUCCGGGUCUACGGCCUGGACUCCCUCACCGACCUCUUCCCCAACCUGACGGUGGUCCGCGGCAACAACCUCUUCUUCAACUACGCCCUGGUCAUCUACGAGAUGCUGCAGCUGAAGGAGGUGGGCCUUCACAGCCUCAUGAACAUCACCCGGGGGGCGGUGAGGAUCGAGAAGAACCCGGACCUCUGCUACCUGGCCACCCUGGACUGGUCCAAGAUCCUGGACUCGGUGGAGGACAACUACAUCGUGGAGAACAAGAACGACCGGGAGUGCGGCGACGUGUGUCCCGGCACGGCCCAGGGCCAGACCGUCUGCCCGCAGAACACCAUCAACGGACACUUCCGAGGACGCUGCUGGUCCCAGAACCACUGCCAGAGAAUGUGCCUGGACCGCUGCAAGCAUGGCGCGUGCAACCUCCAGGGCCAGUGCUGCCACGACCAGUGCUUGGGCGGCUGCUCCGAGCCGGGCAACGCCAGCAGCUGCGUGUCCUGCAGGAACCUCCAGCACGCCAGCAGCUGCGUGGAGAAGUGUCCCGCCGGGUACUACGUCUUCAGGGGGUGGCGCUGCGUCAGCUUCUCCUUCUGCCAGGCGCUCCACAACCAAUGUAAGGAGACCAAGAGACAGAACCAAGGCCGGGAGUCUGGUUGCCAUGAAUACGUCAUCCACAAUGGCGCCUGUAUUCCUGAGUGUCCUUCUGGAUAUACCACUAUAAACUCCUCCAUGUUGACGUGCUCGCCGUGUGCCGGACUCUGUCCCAAACUGUGUGUGGGGAAUAAAACCAUCGACUCUGUGACGUCGGCCCAGGCUCUGAGAGGAUGCACCGUCCUGCACGGCAACCUCAUGGUCAAGAUCCGAGGAGGCAAUAACAUUGCAGCUGAGCUGGAGACUAGUCUGGGUCAACUAGAGGAGAUUACGGGUUACCUGACAGUUCGCAGAGCUUACGCCCUGGUGUCUCUCUCCUUCCUGCGCAAGCUGCGUGUCAUCAGAGGAGAACACCUGGAGGGAGACAUCUACGCCUUCUACGCCCUGGACAACCAGAACCUGCGUGAGCUGUGGGACUGGUCCAAGCACAACCUGACCAUCCAGCAGGGCCGCACCUUCUUCCACUACAACUCCAAGCUCUGCAUGUCGGAGAUACGCAAAAUGGAGGAGAUGACGGGUAGCAAAGAGCGCAAUCAGAAGAACGACAUCGCCGCACGCACCAACGGGGACCAAGCCUCCUGUGAAACCAAGUUGCUGAAGUUCACUUACAUCAAGGCGGGGCCAAACAAGAUUAUAGUGAAGUGGGAGCCAUUUUGGCCCUUGGAUUUCAGAGACCUGCUGGGAUUUAUGGUUCUCUACAAAGAAGCGCCGUACAAGAACGUGACGGAGUUUGAUGGCCAGGAUGCGUGCGGUUCUAACAGCUGGGUGAUCGCCGACGUGGACCCACCGGCCCGCGUCACCGACAACAAGGAGCAGCACGAGCCGGGCCACCUGAUCCGACCCCUCAAGCCCUGGACCCAGUACGCCAUCAUGGUCAAGACCCAGCUGUCUGCGUCGGACGAGCAUCAGGUCCAGGGCGCCAAGAGUGAGAUCAUCUACGUGCGCACCGACGCCUCCAAGCCCUCCGUGCCCCUGGACCCCAUCUCCUCGUCCAACUCCUCCUCCCAGAUCAUCCUCAAGUGGAAGCCCCCCACCAACCCCAACGGCAACAUCACGCACUACCGGGUCAUCUGCCGCAAGCAGCCCGAGGACAGCGACCUGUACAAGUUUGACUACUGCCUGCAAGGAAUGAAGCUGCCGUCCCGGACCCCGACCCACUUGGACAGCGAGGACGAGCAGAAGUGGAACCACACGGACGAGCCCAACAUAGGCGGAAAGUGCUGUGCCUGUCCCAAGACGGACGUGCAGCUGAAGAAGGAGCAGGAGGAGAUCGAGUACCGCAAGACCUUCGAGAACUACCUGCACAACGAAGUCUUCGAGAGCAGACCCUCACGUAGAAGACGUUCAGUGGGAGUCGCCAACGCCACAGAAUUGCCCUUCCUACUUCCCACCAUCUUCCCAGACGACGCCAACGCCACCAAAGCCGCGCCCAAAGACGAGGACAAGGAGGUAGCCACGGUGGAGCUGAAGGUCUUCUCCAAAGAGUCGACGGUGGUCUCCAACCUGCAGCACUUCACCAGCUACAAGAUCGAGAUCAUGGCCUGCAACCAUCCCACGGACCUGAAGCGCUGCAGCAUGGUCGCCUACAUCAGCGCCAGGACCAUGCCUGAAGAGAAAGCGGACGACAUCCCGGGCCAGGUGAGCCACGAGAUCAUGAACGGCGAGCCGGCCUCCGUGUUCAUCAAGUGGAGGGCGCCGCCCUCGCCCAACGGCCUCAUCAUCCUGUACGAGGUCUUCUACAGGAAGGUGGGCGAGACCGAGGUUCACACGGCCUGCGUGUCUCGACCCGCCUACCUCAAGUCUGGCGGCACAAAGCUGUCGCUGGUCCACCCCGGGAACUACAGCGUGUCGGUCCGUGCCACCUCCUUGGCGGGGAACGGCUCUUUCACAGAGACCACCCACUUCUUCAUGCCCAACAAGGACCCCGGCUACCUGGGGGUGGUCAUUGGCCCCGUCAUCUGCUUCAUCCUGUUCUUAGUGGUGGGCUCCGGGGUCUUCAUGGUCCUCAGGAAGAAGCAAGCAGAGGGACCGACCGGACCUCUUAUCGCCUCCUCCAAUCCCGAGUACCUCAGCGCCAAUGAAGCCUACGUUCCCGACGAGUGGGAGGUCCCCCGGGAGAAGAUCGCGGUGCUCCGAGAGCUGGGUCAGGGCUCCUUCGGCAUGGUCUACGAAGGACUCGCCAAGGACAUCGUCAAAGGCGACCCGGAGACCAGCGUGGCCGUCAAGACGGUCAACGAGUCGGCCAGCCUGCGAGAGAGGAUCGAGUUCCUCAACGAGGCUUCCGUCAUGAAGGCCUUCAGCUGCCACCAUGUGGUGCGCCUCCUAGGUGUGGUGUCCAAGGGUCAGCCCACCCUGGUGGUGAUGGAGCUGAUGACGCAUGGCGACCUAAAGAGCUACCUGCGAGGCCUCAGGCCAGAUUCAGAGAACAACCCGACAGGCCGCUCUCCGCCCACCCUCAAGGAGAUGAUCCAGAUGUCUGCAGAGAUUGCAGACGGCAUGGCUUACCUCAACGCCAAGAAGUUUGUGCACAGAGACCUGGCGGCCAGGAACUGCAUGGUGGCCGAGGACUUCACCGUCAAGAUUGGCGACUUCGGUAUGACGCGGGACAUCUACGAGACUGACUACUACAGGAAAGGAGGCAAAGGUCUGCUUCCUGUCAGGUGGAUGGCGCCCGAGUCGCUCAAGGACGGAGUCUUCACUGCCCACUCGGACUGCUGGUCGUUUGGCGUGGUGCUGUGGGAGAUCAGCACGCUAGCGGAGCAGCCUUACCAGGGCUUGUCCAACGAGCAGGUCCUGAAGUUCGUCAUGGACGGGGGGUUCCUGGACCGCCCUGACAACUGUCCCGAGAGGAUGCACAGCCUCAUGCAGAUGUGCUGGCAGUACAACCCCAAGAUGCGGCCCCUGUUCCACGAGAUCAUCGAGAUGCUGCGGGAGGACCUGCACCCGUCCUUCCAGGAGGUCUCCUUCUUCUUCAGCGAGGAGAACAAGGUCCACGAGACGGAGGACUUCGACCUGGACCUGGACAACAUGGAGAGCAUCCCCCUGGACCCGUCCUCCUACUUGCAGCGAGAGGAGAGCCUGGGCAGGGACAGCGGGCCCUCGGUGGCCCUCAGGGGGAACUACGAGGAGCACGUGCCUUACACGCACAUGAACGGCGGCAAGAAAAACGGACGCAUCUUAUCCUUGCCCAGGUCCAGCCCUUCCUAACGUUUCCUGGGAGACCACGUAGACCCGGGGCCAGGACCUCAAGCAUCCUUCUUCUCUCCUUUCUUCUCCACCCACGCGGAUCUCAGGACUCGGACUUCUCUUCCUCCUGACUGCCAAGCAAAGGGAUGCAAGCGGAUCUUCUCCGGCAUCCUGGGGGCUGUCUCCAGGACUCUGGGCUGUCUCCAGGACUCUGGGCUGUCUCCAGGACUCUGGGCUGUCUCCAGGACUCUGGGCUGUCUCCAGGACUCUGGGCAAGGCUGGAGGUCUCACACACACACACACAAACACACACACUCUUGUAUUUCUUACCUUCUUGAGACCUAAAAAAAAAAAGGCCUACCUCUUUAGGACCAGCCUUUCUAGAUAUAUAAAGAAGUGUAUUUACAACAUUAAUAAUAUAUACAAACUAUGUAAAUACAAAAAAGCUUGUUGUGAAAAUUGAGUUGGAAUUUCACAAGAAAAAGGUCACAAUUUCACAAGAAAAACGUCAAAUUUUGGGCAGUGUUAUAAUAAUAAAAGUCGUCGUUUUGCUCAACGCAAGUCAACAUUUUACCAGAAGAGCUGAACAUUUGUGCAAUAUUAUGAUAAAAGUUGGAAUUUUACUCGAUGACCGUCGCAGUUUUACAAGAAAAGCUUAAAAUUUGGGCAAUUUUAUACAAAGAGUCGUCAUUUUACUCGACAAAAGUCACAACUUUAUAAGAAAACUUACAAAUUUUGGCAAUAUUAUGAUAAUAAUCGGAAUUUCACUUGGCAAAAUAACGACAAAAGUCAUAAUUUUACUGUAGUCUACUACAGUCUUAGUAUUGUAGUGUAUUUCUUCAUCCUGUGGUCACAUGUGACUUGUCUUACGUCAGCACCGGAAGUGAUCAAAUCAGCUGUUCACCCGGCGGGGUUUUUUUGGGGGGGGGGGUGAAUAGGGAAGUCCUUCUUUAGCUUGUUUUCUCACAUAUUGCUGUCUUUCAAUGUUUACUUUUGUACACACAUCAAAUCAACCAAAAAUCCUGACUUUGGAGCAAUGUUCACGGACUCUAGUAUUUGGCUCUCUAUUAGAUGCAACGGUUUUCUGUAUUGGGACCAUGAUUUAUGUCCUCACCUCCUCACAUGGAAGGUACUUUUCCCUGUUGGUGUCUCAAGAAAGGUGGAAAUACAACAACACACACACACACAGACAUAUUUCUUACCUUCUUGAGACCUGUGAAAAAUGCCUACCUCUUUAGGACCAGCCUUUCUAGAUAUAUAAAGAUGUGUAUUUACAACAUUAAUAAUAUAUACAUACUAUGCACAUAUAAAGAAGCUUGUUGUAAAAAAUGAGUUGGAAUUUCACAAGAAAAAGGUCACAAUUUCACAAGAAAAACCAAAAAUCCUGACUUUGGAGCAAUGUUCACGGACUCUAGUAUUUGGCUGUCUAUUAGAUGCAACGGUUUUGUGUAUUGGCGCCAUGAUUUAUGUCCUCACCUCCUCACAUGGAAGCUACUGUUCCUUGUCGGUGUCUCAAGAAGGGUGGAAAUACAACACACACACACACACACACACACCAAGAACUGUGAACACGACAAACCUUAGACAACCACAAGGCUGCUUCUGCUCUUCAAAAACAAAAAAGGUGGCACUCCCGUCCUCCCGCUUUUCUCCCCCGGACUUUGUUGCCAGACGGUGGCCUUUCAGACGAGUGGCCUCUAAAGAAAAAGCUCUUUCGGGAUGAAUCCACGGUAGAACAAAAACACAUCGGGUCUUUUCUUUUUCUUGUUGUUAUUAUUAUUCCUUUUAUUCCAAAAGAUGUUCGUGGGGUGAAUAGUUUUAAUUUAUUUGAUGCUUGAUUUCUCUCUUUUCUUCCGCGUCCUCACGUGUACGGCUGAAGGAUAUUUAAACAGUUCUCAUUGGACAAAGGAGUUCCUCAGACUGACCAAUAGCUGCUGCUUUCAUAUAUUUGACUAGCCAUAGAAGUGAAUAUUGGUAGCAGCUACCAACAUAUAAUAUAUCAUCUUCUUGUACAGAUUUCUCAGUAUCGACCUUAGUCUUCUUCUCCUUGAAAUGUUUUUAUUUUUGUAGCCCCGCCCACCUUUUACCUUUCACAGGUGUUCAGAAACACAAAAAAGGGGAAAGAAGCGUUGAAAAAGAGGAAUGCGGUCUUGAUGAAGGUCCAGCGUUGUUGCUAUGGCGACCAUCUUCCAGCAGGUGGCAGCAUCCCUCCAUCUUCUAGUCUGCCUUUCAUCCCGCGUCACAGUGUGUGUGGGGUUACAUGGUGGUGGUCUACAUAGUCUUGCUCUCGUCCGGGGUCUGAGGUGCAGCUCGGGCCGGACCUGGUGCGGUUCCCUGGACUUGCACCUGAUGGAUCUCAUUGGUCACUGUAACGUUUGAGGGGGCGCAGCUAGCGACACAUGCUAACUAGCGACAAAUGCUAACUAGUGACACAUGCUAACUAGCGACACAUGCUAACUUGUGACACAGGCUAACUAGCGACACAUGCUAACUAUUGACAUAUGUUAACUAGUGACACAUGCUAACUUGUGACACAUACUAACUAGCGACACAUGCUAACUUGUGACACAGGCUAACCAGCGACACAUGCUAACUAGUAACAUAUGUUAACUAGCGACGCAUGCUAACUAGUGAUGCAUGCUAACUUGUGACACAUGUUAACUAGCGACACAUGCUAACUAGUGACACUGGCUAACUAGUGACACAUGCUAACUAGUGACACAGGCUAACUAGCGACACAUGCUAACUAGCGACACAUGCUAAAUCGUAUUACAUACUAGCUAGCAACACAUCCUAGCUAGGGAAACAUACUAACUAGUGACACAUGCUAACUAGAGACACAUGUUAACUAGUGACACAAGCUAACUAGUGACACAUGCUAAAUAGUGACACAUGCUAACUUGUGACACAGGCUAACUAGCAACACAUGCUAACUAGCGACACAUGCUAAAUCGUAUUACAUACUAACUAGCAACACAUCCUAGCUAGGGAAACAUGCUAACUAGCGACACAUGCUAACUACAGACACAAGCUAACUAGUGACACAUGCUAAAUCAUGACACAUACUAACUAGUGACACAUCCUAACUAGUGACACAUGUUAACUAGCGACACAUGCUAACUAGUGACACAUGCUAAAUCGUGACACAUACUAACUAGUGAAACAUGCUAACUAGCAACACAUGCUAACUAGCGACACAUCCUAACUAGGGAAACAUGCUAACUAGUGACACAUGUUAACUAGUGAAACAUGCUAACUAGUGACACAUCCUAACUAGGGAAACAUGCUAACUAGUGACACAUGUUAACUAGCAACACAUGCUAACUAGCGACACAUGCUGAGUCGCUACAAAUGCUAACUGCCGCCGCACUCCACUGUCUCCUCUUGGAUGAAACGUGUCUAACAUUACUCACAUGCUGACAGGUAAAUAAGGGAGGCCCUCAUUCUCAUCCACCUUGGUGCAGCUGCCCUCAGUCUCUUGUUGGAUAAAUGUAGGCCAAACUGGAGCUGAAUCACAUGUUGACAAGGACAUAUAAGACACCUGGUUCUCCUCAACUUUACUGCCGCUGCCCUCAGUCUCUUUUAGGAUAAAUGUCCCUCUUACUGUAGCCAAUAGUCACGUCCUGACUAUGCAGACCUGAAUUGUCAUCCACCUUGGUACCGCCGCCCUCAGUCUCCUAUUGGAUGAAUCUAGUCCUUACUGUAGCUAAGUCAUAUGUCGACAAAUAUGGGAGAGUCUCAUUCUCAUCCACUUUACUGCAGCCGCCCUCAGUCUCCUAUUGGAUGAAUCUAGUCCUUAACCAUGUUGACAAGGACAUAAAGGACACUUGGUUCUCCUCAACUUUACUGCAGCUGCCCUCAGUCUCCAUUUGGAUAAAUGUACCUCUCCCUGUAGCCAAUAGUCACGUCCCGACUAUACAGUAUACCCGAAUUCAUCCACCUUGGUACCGCCGCCCUCAGUCUCCUAUUGGAUAAAUGUAGUCCUCUAAAUCACAAGUUGCCAAAUACACACAAGACACGCAGCUUCUCCUCAACUUUGCUGCAGCUCUCCUCAGUCUCCAGUUGGAUAAAAGUCCUCUAAUUACUGCAGCCAACACAGGAGACUCCCAUUCUCCUCCACCGUGGUACAGCUGCCCUCAGUCUCCCAUUGGAUUAAAUCAUCUCCUUACUGUGGCCAAUAGUCACACUGUAGGAAGUAGUGCCCUCAGUCUCCUCUUAGGUGCGUGGAGUCGUUACGGCAGCUAAAUCCAUGCUGACAAAUACAUUCAGAUCUCCCCAACUUGACUGCAGCUGCCCCAAGUCUCCUAUUGCAUCAAAACUAAAUGUAAUUAAUGUAGCUAUUAGUUAUGUGCAGACCCUCGUUCUCCUCCACUUUACUGUAGCUGUCCUCAGUCUCCUGUUGGGUAUUUACUUCUUCCUGUAGCCAAUAGUCACUUGCUGACAAUACAGGAGACCCUCGUUCUCCUCCACUAUGGUACAGUUUUGCCCCCAGUCUCCUAUUGGAUACAAUGGUCAUUAGUCACACUGCCAGGGCACACUUUGGUUGUCCUCCACUUUUCUGCAGUUGCCCUCAGUCUCCUGUUGGAUAAAUGUAGUCCUUAAUGUAGCUAAAUCUACAAUAAACAAAUACUACAGAUGCCCCAAGUCUCCUACCGGAUAAGAUAAAUCUUGUUAAUGUAGCCAUUAGUUACGUGUAGGCAGUACGGGAGAUCCAAAUUCUGGUCUACUUUGCUGCAGCUGCCCUCAGUCUCCUCUUGGAUAAAUGUAGUCCUUAAUGUAGCUAAAUCUACAAUAAACAAAUACUACAGAUGCCCCAAGUCUCCUACCGGAUAACAUAAAUCUCGUUAAUGUAGCCAUUAGUUACGUGUAGGCAGUACGGGAGAUCCAAAUUCUGGUCUACUUUGCUGCAGCUGCCCUCAGUCUCCUCUUGGAUAAAUUCCAUCUCAUUACUGUGGCCAAUAGUACCACUGAAGAAAGUACACACAGGACACCCGCAAUCUCCUCCACUUUGCCCUCAGUCUCCUCUUGGAUAAAAUGGGUGUCCACACAAUUGCCAACAGUCUGAUACUGUAAUGAAAACUAACAGACUCCUUGUCCACUGUAAUGAAAACUAACAGACUCCUUGUCCACUGUACUUCAGCUGCCCUCAGUCUCCUAUUUCAAUCAAAGGACUUCUUCCUGACCAUCAUGACCCAGACUCACACGCUGCCCUCAUUCUCCUGUUGUUUGUUGGCGUGACCUCAGACUGCGAGCUGAUCUGAGUCCAUACGGUGCGGUGGAAAAGCGACCCUUCAGGUCCGAUACUGCAGGAUUUUAGUCGAUUGAUUCUGUUUUUGUCGGCCGUCUCGUGAAGCUUCGUCAUUUCAUGGACUGUCUCUAUAGCCCGUAUCAGUCCAUCAUGGUGAUACCAUUCGAAGAGUCUGGUAUCGACGAUGGGAGUGAUAUCAGUCUAAGAGUCCGGUAUCAGACCAUGAGAGUGAAAUCAGCCCAUGAGUGUGAUAUCGUUCUAAGAGUCCGCAUACUAGUCCAUGGGUGUGAUACCAGCCAGUGAGAGUGAUAUCAGCCCAUGGGUGUGAUACAGUUUCAGUCCAAGAGUCUGGUAUAGCCCGUAGGUGUGAUAUCAACCUAAGAGUCUGGUAUCAGACAAUGGUUGUGAUAUCAUUCUAAGAGUCUGGUAUCAGACCAUGAGUGAGAUAUCAUUCUAAGAGUCUGGUAUCAGACCAUGUGUGUGAUAUCAUUCUAAGAGUCUGGUAUCAGACCAUGUGUGUGAUAUCAUUCUAAGAGUCUGGUAUCAGACCAUGAGAGUGAUAUCAUUCAAUGAGUCUGGUAUCAGACCAUGAGUGAGAUAUCAUUCUAAGAGUCUGGUAUCAGACCAUGAGAGUGAUAUCAUUCUAAUAAUCUGGUAUCAGACCAUGAGAGUGAUAUCAUUCAAUGAGUCUGGUAUCAGACCGUGAGCGUGAUAUCAUUCUAAUAAUCUGGUAUUAGACCAUGAGCGUGUUAUCAUCCUAUGGGUGUGACAUCAAUCAUUGCGUGAUAUCAGACGACCAGCAGUGUUGAUAUCGAAGUGAUAUCAACUUUCUAAGAGUCUGGUAUCAGACCAUGAGUGAGAUAUCAUUCUAAGAGUCUGGUAUCAGACCAUGUGUGUGAUAUCAUUCUAAGAGUCUGGUAUCAGACCAUGAGCGUGAUAUCAUUCUAAUAAUCUGGUAUUAGACCAUGAGCGUGUCAUCAUCCUAUGGGUGUGACAUCAAUCAUUGCGCGAUAUCAGACGGCCAGCCGUGUUGAUAUCGAAGUGAUAUCAACUUUCUGAGAGUGCCCACAUGAAUUCACCAGUGCCUUUCUCAAAGCGUGAGUGAACGGAAGAAAAGCUCGGCAAAGUUUUCUGUUGCUGCUUGAAGGAUGCGAGCGACACAUUUGUCACUUUGAACAAGUUGUUCAUCAAAUAAUAAUACUACAGUAUUAUACACAAUAAUACUAUAGUAUUAUGUAUAAUACUGUAAUAUUAUACAUAAUAAUACACAAUAAUACUAUAGUAUUAUACAUAAUAAUACUGCAGUAUAAUACAUAAUACUACAGUAUAAUACAUAAUAAUACUAUAUUAUUAUACAUAAUACUGCAGUACAGUACAUAAUACUUUAGUAUUAUGCAUGAAAUAGUAUCAUUAUGUCUAGUAGUACUAGUAUACAUAAUGAUACUAUUUCAUGCAUAAUACCAUAAUAUUACGUAUAAUACUAAAGUAUUCUGUAUUGUACUACUAGUAGUAGUAGUACUAGUACUACAAUACUUCUAUCUUGCCCUCAUUCCUCUUUUCACAAACCUAUUUGCUGGCAGACAAAAGUAUUGGGACACUUGUUGAAGCUGAGGUGUGUAGAAUGUGACAUAUUGAUUAUUUGUAGUAUUAGUAGUAGUAUUUUUAAUAUUAAAAUUUUAAUCAAUAAUAAUAUUAUUUUUAAAAUUAUUAUUUAAAAAAAUAUAUAUUAUUUUUUAAUAUAAUUUUUUAUCAAUAAUAAUAUUAUUUUUAAUAUUAAUAUUAUUAUUUUAAAAUAUGAUUAUUGUUGUUGUCCUAAAAAUAAAAACAACAUCAGCACCAAACUGGCGACAACAUCAAAGUGAAAGUUGGACGCCACUAAAAAAACAACUUUAUAAUUUGGUGUUUUGUGUAAAAUAUGAUUAGAAUAAUAAUCACUGGGCCCUCAGUCUCUUCUUGGAUAAAAUGUCUCACUGCUCUUCUUCUGCACCAAACUCUUCCAAGCACGUCUUUGAUGUCCCAACACUUUUGUCCUGCUCUCAUCUUGUCUUUGUCCUUCUCUACUGGCAGUAAGAUAAGAUAAGAUAAGGCACCAAGACCGAGGACAAUCGUUCGUGACAAAGUGGGAGCCCCCCCCCCCCCUCUCUGUUGGAGACAAUCAGGAAGUUGCCCUCCUUCAAAAACCAGUGCCUUGCUCACCUGCAGACAGAACCUACUCAAACCCUCAGAGGACUCCAGAUAUGAAAUCAAAGAUUGUUAUUUGGGGCGAUGUUGACUUUGUACCAAAAUAAAACUUUGGCGUUUGCUCAGCUUUGCUUUAUGCCUGAAAACAAACAAACAAGGAGAGCAUUUACAUUUUUAUUGGAUUACAUUUUGUCCCGGGUCAGCGCAGCCAAAGUCCCCCAGAAAGAUUUCAGGGCGAAGUUCCCCAGAAUAAAAUCUGAUCCGACAGCAAAACAUCAUCACACGUUUUGGUGGCGGCACAACGAAAAGAAAGAAAAAGAGGUGGCUCACAAGGAGGGUUGCAAAGUGGAAAACAUUUACUUGAUUUGGGAAAUAAAAAAUAAUGCUGAUUUUUAUUACCAAAAAAAUCAUUUAUUGAAGAAACAUUUUUGUUUCACUGAAUAUUAAUAUUUUUUAUUAAUUAAUCUUUUACAUGUUAAUUUAAAAUUAAUUUAAAAGUCUGCAUAUAUUCUAUAUAUUUUCUUAAAUCUUUAACCAUUGAUUUAUUGAAAUAUUUAUCAAGUAUUUUAUGAUCAUUUCAUGAUUCAAUCUUCUAAUAUUAAACUUCCUUCUGCAGAAUUAAAAACAAAAUAUGCUUUUUGAAAUAUGAUUUAAAAUACAUCUUUUUUUUUUUUUACUAUAACAUGAAUGAAAUGUAUAAAUACUUUUUGUAAAUCUGACUUAAUUGUGGUUUCUAUGAAUUUGUUUUAUUGAUUUUAAAUGACAGUAAUUUAAUUCUCCAAAAUCGGACGCAUUUUUUUUGUGCCACUAUUGACUUAUUUUAAACUUAAAUGAAAUGUGUUUACUGUAUACAUCCCAAUAAAACAUUUCCCUAUAAUCUCAAUAUAAUCUGGCAUAGAAUAAAACUCAACAAUGUCUUUUUUUUUUUAGACAAAAUUUGAAUUUUUGAAGAUUUCCAAGAAAAGUUUGGAUGUAAACAAUAGCUGCCUUUGCAACCCUCAUCGUGCAAAUGGAGGACAAAACAUUUCUUUGUGAUAUUUCUACUAAAACAAUUGUUCUAAAAUCUUUCAGUGGAGCGGGCCCAAAAAACCCCCCCAGUUUUCUUUCCUUACUGUAAAGGUGUCCUACUUGUACGUGAACGAUUAGCGUGUAUAUAACCUCAUUUAUCACUUGGGAGGAGAUGUUUUUAUUGUUGUGGAGUCCACCUGUGGAAACACAAAACGCGUUCUCACCUUUGAUUCCUUUUUUUUUUAAUGAAUGUUUUCACGCCACAAACUCGUUUGUUUUGUCGACUUUGUGUCGUUUGAACGAAGCGCGUGCUGAACCGGACGCCACCACUGCGCCCCUCCCCCGUCGGCCAGGAAGUAAGCGAGCGAGUCGUGUGGUGAAAUUGUGGCGGCAAGAAGAAAAAUAUGUUUUUGUGUAGUAGUACGACUACUAGUACACACUGUGUCUCCUCCGUGCACAUAUACGCUCCUCUAUAGCGCCACCUGCCUGCAGGAUACCUCUUUUUAGGAUGGCUCUCUUUGGGAAAUGUUUGUAUUGUGUCGCUUCAUCCUUCACACUGGAUCCAAAUGUGCCAUUAUCUUUAUUGUGUAUCGCACACACACACACACACACACACACACACACACACACACACACACACACACACACACACACACACACACACACACACACACACACACACACACACACACACA